AUGCCUUCCAGCUCAAGACCUGCCAAGAUCCACUACAGCUCCUCGUCCUCCUCCGACUCCGACCUCUCUUCCGCGUCCUCGUCUUACAGACAAAGCAUGGACUCCGUCGCCAGACCGAUUGCCUCCGUCGAGGUCCUCCGCUGCCUGCGCUGCGCGAGGUCCGUCGAGGCCACCUCCACCGACGACUCCAGCUCAACCGGCAUGGUCCGCAUCGCACACAACCUCUACUACUGCGAACGUUGUGCCAAGAUGGUCGGCCUCAACUGCCCCAGACGCAAGACGGGCCAGACCAUCACACGCACCACCACCGACCAGGGACGCCAUGCGAAGGCUGUCUCGACGACGAUCGGUGGUCACGACUCGGCUCGGGUAUGA